AUGCUCCCUCCGGCGGGUCCCUCCCGCAUCGCCACCGCAGCGCCGCCAUUCGCCGCUCCUCCCCCUUCUGCGGUGCCAAUCCUGCUUCGUUGGCUCACCAUCCAGUACAGCGCAACCGGCGCUCGGAGCCAGACACGCCCAUCGCGCCUCUGCCCCUCCGGCCGAUUGCGGACUUGCGUCCCUGCCCCGGCCGCUGCAAGCCGACGUCAGCCGCCCAAACACCCAACCUGCACUCUAAUAUUUCCGGUGGUUGCCCUCUUGCACGAUUUGAGGCGGACCACCCUGUUGUCAAACGCUAGCUCCGCCACUGCUCGUCGGAUCCCGUUCAGCCGUCCGAUGGAGAAGGCUAUAACUAUCAACGCGAACUCAUGGACUGAUGCUGGUCAUGCAGUCAACCAGUUGUAUGAUCUCCUCUACAUGAUGGGCCGUGAUGACAUUGCGGUGGGAGUCGGAGGGGAGGGUGGUAUAUCCAAUGAUGGUAGAAUUUAUCCUCACGUUGGUGGCUAUUUCCCAAUAAUUGACCAGGGAAUGUCAACAAUAGGGGAGUGUCGAUACCGACAAUCAAUUCCACAGGGAUCAGGUGGCCGCUUGGACAUCAACGCGAAUUAUGGAGUUCGACGGGAAAUUCUUCCUCAGGGAAAUAGAAGUUACUCCCCUCUUCAACAGCCAACAACUCAACAAGUGAUGAUUGACACCAUAUCCGCUGGGCCAACGAAUGUCUUCCUCUUCGGAACACAUACAAACUUUGCGCUGUUCCUCAUGAGCAACCCUCACCUAAAGAAAAACGUGAAGCACAUUUACAUAAUGGGUGGGGGUGUGAGAUCGCAAAAUCCCACUGGUUGCUGCCCCAAGAACGACACAUCAUGCGUGCCACGACAAUGUGGUGAUCAUGGCAACAUGUUUACAACUUACACCAAAAAUCCACAUGCCGAGUUCAACAUAUAUGGAGACCCUUUUGGCGUGUAUCAGGUCUUUCAUUCUGGUAUCCCGAUCACCCUUGUGCCACUCGAUGCAACCAACACGAUACCAAUCACUGAGUCCUUCUUCAAGGCAUUUGAGGAGCAACAGAGCACUUAUGAGGCACAGUACUCCUUCCAGUCUUUGAAGAUUGCUUGCGAUACCUGGUUUGAUGACCAGUUCUACACAAGUUACUUUAUGUGGGAUUCUUUCAUGUCUGGUGUGGCACUCUCAAUAAUGCGCAAUGGUCAGAAACUGAAUGGCGAUAACGAUUUUGCUGAGAUGGAAGUGAUGAACAUAACUGUGGUUACAUCCAAUGAACCAUACGGUGUGCAUGAUGGAUCAAAUCCAUUCUUUGAUGGACAUGCAAGCCCAAAAUUUGAUUUAUUGAAAGGUGGUGUACAUAGUGGUCAUGUUCAGAUAGGAUUCAAUGAUUCAUUUUGUGUUUUGAAAGGGGGCACUAAAGGAAAAUGCCAGGAUGGAUACACCAAAGAAGUGCAAGGUCCUGACUCGGUUGCUGUACUUGUCGCAGUGAAGGCAAAACCUAAUAGAAAUGUUAAAAGUCCUCUUGAUAGAGAGUUUUUUGACCACUUUCUCGAGGUCCUGAAUCGCCCUGAACACACUGGGCACUUCAAUUUUACCGAUCAGUUUCGUCACUACAAAGAGAUUAUGUACAAACCUGAUUUGAAACAUCAGAUUAGAGGAAAGCCUGUCAUAUUUGACAUGGACAUGAGUCCUGGAGAUUUUCUUGCCCUCUUGUGCCUCCUGAAAGCACCUAUGGAAGCAAUUGAUUUGAGGGGGAUAUUGGUAAGUGGCAAUGGUUGGGCAAACCCAGCUACAGUAGAUGUUAUCUAUGACGUUCUUCAUAUGAUGGGCCGUGAUGACAUUCCAGUAGGACUUGGGAAAAUUACUGCGCUUCGUGCCCCUGACCUUGGAUGUGAAUACGUGAAAGCCAUACCACAUGGUUCUGGUGGUUUUCUUGACACUGACACCCUUUUUGGACUAGCCCGGGUGUUGCCCAGAAGUCCUAGAAGGUACACAGCAGAAAAUUCAGUAAAAUAUGGUGCUCCAAGGGACACCGCGCGCCCUGAGCUCAGGCAGCCAUUGGCUUUUGAAGUUUGGCAACAUAUUAGAGAAGAACUCAAACCAACUGACAAGAUAACCAUCCUGACCAAUGGUCCUCUCACAAACAUAGCAAACAUCAUUCUAUCCGACACAAAAGCAGAAUCAGUAAUUGAGCGCAUUUUUAUAGUCGGGAGUCAUUUGGCUGGCGGAAAUGGAGAUGGAGGCAAUGUGUUCACUGUUCCAUCAAAUAAGUUUUCAGAGUUCAAUUUCUUUCUUGACCCUCAAGCUGCCAAGGCGGUUGUAGAAUCUGAUUUAGACAUCACUCUCAUUCCUUUGAGAGCUCAACGCCAGGUGGCUUCUUUCAAAGAAGUCACAAGAUCGUUGUGUACUGCUGAGAAGACUCCUGAAUCAUCGUUUGCAUACCAGUUGUUGCUGUCAAUGCAGAAACUGCAAAAGAAUAACCAAGCAUAUCGUCACAUUGACAUGUUCCUUGGUGAGCUUCUUGGUGCUGUGUUCUUGGUUCAGCAAUCACAUCUGAAUCACUCGAUCACCCAAAGGGCCAUCACUGUUAGAUCUGGUCAUGUGAGCAUCGAUGGUCAGACCAUCCUCCGCCGGACGAACGGAAAGGUAGUAAAGGUACUAGAUCAUCUCGACGCAGAUGCUUACUACACCGAGUUUGCGAAGCUGCUCAAUGCGAAGAAGCAGUCUGCGGUCGUGGGUAGCUUUGAUGAGCAGAAAAGAAUGUGGAACAAAUGA